CCACCACCAUGCAUUGACCAACACUAUCCGCAAAAUUUAAUAUACUACACUUUCUUAUCUUAACGACGCUUGUGUCUCUAUUAUGAGCGCAGAUAGCAAUAAAAUAAACAUGAACGGACUUAUUGUCUUCAAUAGUGCAAAUGAUGUUGUCUAUCAGAAGCUUAAUACACCGCUGGGACAGAAAAUACUGGAUGUUGCCAUCGCACAAGGAUUGCUGGCAUCCGACACUACACUCUACUCCUGCAGCUCCUCCCACUCACUGGACAGCAAUAUUCUGCUGCAAAUCUUCAGCCCAAUCAUUAGCUCCCAAAGAAUCAUGCACUAUCAGUUCGACAAUUGCUAUGAAAGCCUGCAGUGUGAUAAGGGAUUUAAUUUGGUGUUCGGGGACCUUUUGGGUUACACAUUUCUGAAGAUUGGUCAAUUGCCCAUUGAACAGCUAAUGCGGCAACUGGGAGUGGCCAUUACCCUGGCACGUUAUUGCUAUGGAGCGAACUUAUUUGGCAGCCAGGCGGGAGCGAUGCAACAGGAGCUAUUGACGCAGUGCCUUGACUGCUAUGAGAUGCUGUUGUGGCAGGAGGAGCAAACAUAUUUGCUUGAAGCCAUGCCUAAGUUGCUCGUCAAUUCAGAUCUUAAGAGAACUAUUCAUCUAACAUUGGACGCCACACUAGAACAACUGCGACAGGCAGGACAGACACGAGCACAUGCCCUACUAAUGGUUUCCCACAAAAUGGUAGCUGCCUGUAGUACACGUCAAGCUCUACCAUUGUCCGCCGCUGACCUCCUAUUUCUGGGUAUACUGGCGCGGACUUCAAAUGCAAAUGCGAAAUCAUCAUCAUCUUCCUCUUCCCCAUCCUUAUCGCCAGUACAAGCCCAGCGAGCUGUGGCCGUUUUUCUGCAGGGAGUCUCACACGAUGUUAAUUCCGGCUGCGUGCCAAGCAUAGUUCACAUUUCUCGCCUGCCGGGUCAUCAAGUGCUUCUUCAGGUUAUUGAAUAUGCAAAUAUGCCAUUGACAAGUUGCAUCUACGAUGCCUUCUUUGUGCUUCACAAGAUCAUAGCUGUGCAGCUGCAAGGCGAUUCAGAUGCCCUUAAACCCGCCUAUGAGAGUCUCGAAUCAUUUGUUGGUCAAACAAUAACGGCCCUAAAACGACAUUUAAAGCAGCGUCCCGAAGAUCUAGAGAACUGCAUCAAGAAGUUCUCAAUCAAAUGGGAGAAUUUACGCAAAAUGUAUACCGAAUAUUUCAAAAACUAUGAGCGCGAAUUGUUAGUAAGGAUUGAAUCAAAUAUGUCAUCGUUUGUGGAGGAACUGAAACAACUUUUCACAUUAGCCUGUUGCGAUAGCUCCAGUAUACAUCAGUUGGAUCAACUAUCGGACUCGGCCGCAAUUGUGGAGGCGAAGCUAUUGGAAUUUUCAGAAUUCUUGGCCGUAAAGGCCACACGCAAUAUCUCAAUUGAGGCCUAUCUAGAAGACUUUCCCGGCUUGGUACAUUUUAUUUAUGUAAAUCGCAGUUCGGGACAGAUGUUGGCACCUGAUUUACGUGCAAAUCAGUUGGUACCCAAAACAAAGCUUUGGAGUAUGGUGGAAAUGACUCGAUCGUAUCUUAAGCGUGGGCAAACAACAGUGAUAUGGAAGGACAAGGCUUUUCAUUACUCGUAUUUCCUUUGGUUCGAAGAUCAAUCGGGUGGUGGCGGAAUACUUAAGUCAUCUUUGGAUCUACAGACACAUUUUCUAACCAGCAGCAAUCAACCGAUGAAUGGGGGUCUAAAGCAGCAAGCUGAACCUGGUGCCCUAACCGUGGACUACUACCAUGAUCUGGCCGAACUAUGUUUUCCCAAGAUGUCUCCCGGCAAAGUAAGAGUCUAUGAGUUAUAUUGUAUUCACUUGGGAUUGGUAACCGCCACAUGUGCCGUUGAACAUGCCCGCCGCUUGGUGGCCACCAUUAGUGAUGUAGUCGGCGAUGAGAGUUUUUGAAUCUCCUAGAUAUUACGCGUUAAUCAUUCCAUUUACACGAUGCUAGUCAAUUUUAUGGUUUUGGCAUAGACAACCAUCUAUAUAUAAAUAUAUAUAUAUAUAUAUGUAUAAAAUAUUAGUUGUACUAUAUAACUUAUACAAUAAAUAUAACCGAUCAACAA